ACUAGGUCUGCACUCCAUUCCUGUCCUGACACAAUUAAAUCUGGACAUAAAUACAUCCAGAUCCAAAUUCAUCUGGGACACAGGCAUAUCUGUAGACAGCCAGAUCCAUACACAAUUACUUCCACAGACCCUUACACAUGAAAUGGUGUGCACUAUUUCAUGUUAUUAAGUUCCAUUGCUUAAUCACAAACUGAAAACAAUCAACCAUCUUGUUUCAAAAUUCUGAUGAUGUCUACAGAAACAAACCUAAGUUCAAGAAUAUCUACCUUAAUUAGUAAUAAUAAGAUUGGUAAAAUAAAGGCAAAUAUGAAAGGGGUUCAAGAAAGAAUAGGGAAAGCUAAGAAGGAGAAGGGAGGGAUUAUCACGAAAAAAAAACCCAAGAAAAAAUAGAGCUGUAAAAGGGAGUUAUUAACUGUAAGAUGGGACUUCUGAGAGGAGAAGAUAGUUAGCUAAGAUGGAGAAAUCGGCAAGGAUACUUUGCAAAUAAUUUGCUUUUGUUUAAAAAAGGGCAAUGAUAUUGGGGAGAAGGUAAAUCUUGAUUUGAUUAAAAGUGGAAAUAUUAGAGUCAACUAAAGUGUUAGAUCAUAAAACUGCAGGUAUUAGAAAUUAUUUUGAGAGCCAAAGAAAGCUGCAAACAAAUUGCAAUAAGGUGGAAAGAGACAAGCCAAUGGCAGAUGAAUUUCAAUGACAGUAAAUAUGACAUAUUGUGUUUUUGAUUAAUGAAUGUCAAUAAUUAUACAUUGAGUGAAGGAAAAAUGGAUGGAACUACUGAGGAUUUGAACAUUUGUAUUCACAAGACGUUGAAAAUUUUAUCCUAAGUGCAUAAGGCAUAAAAAAGUCUACUGAAGUCAAUAGAGAACUAUAAGAAGAGAAUGCAUAUUGAGGCAAUAGACAGGGUGAGCCGAAGUUCACUCAAGUGCUGGAUAAGAGCCAGCCAGGCACAUGGAAGGACAUCAAAUGGCUUAUUAUGUAAAUGGUUUUGAUGUCACGAGCCAAACUCUUUGUAUAUAAAGCCUGCGAUUGGUGCUGCCUUCCAAAAUGUAGCAGUCCUUAACCAGAAGGUUGAGGUAGGACCACUGCUGGGAUUCUUAGUUAUCCAUUUUCUUCCAAAAAAGUUCCUUUUUAAGUGUCUUUCUUAGAGAUUUUUCUACACUCCCGCUCAUGCCAAUGUUUUCUUGCCCCACAAACCCGAUAAUCUCCCCAAAUGGCCACAUUCCAGGUGACCCCACUUCCCUGAAUUCUCUUCCUUCCCACCACCGUCCCCUCCCAAAUGUCAUCUCUCCUCCAAUCGUCUACCACGCUGUGACUCUUCCCCAAUCCUUUCUCGUUCCAAUCUACUGUUCAAGAAACAUCCUUUGUGAGCUCCAUUCUCCAAAGAGACAGAAGGCUUUUGUGUCAGGUCUGCAAUGCUUGUUCAAUACCAAAUGAUGUCUCAAACCUUGUGUGCAAUCAGGGUCCUUGUACAAAAUUAGCAUGGCACCCCACCCACUCCAACAACCCACAGCAGUGCCACUUUAAAGUGCUUCUUAAAUUCUCAUGUCCCAAAGUGUGUUGAAGUACAAUCAAAAAUGUGUUGAAGUACAAUCAAAAGUGUGUUGAAUCUGCCAUCAGAUUUCUGAACGGUCUGUGAACCCAUGAACACCACCUCAUUAUUCCUUCUUUUUGCACUGUUUAUUCAUUUUUGUAAUUUAUAGUAAUUUUAUGUCUUUGCACUGUCCUGCUGCCAUAAAACAGCAAAUUUCACGCCAUUUAAGUCAGUGAUAAUAAAUCUGAUUUUGAUUCUGUAAGCAAAACUGUUUGCUAAUUUUCAUACACUCAUUUUCGCUAUCAGCAGUGAGAUAAGUUAUCAGUUAAUCACUUUUUUCAUGGUUGUUAUUGAGGAAUAAAUGCUGGCAAGACACCAGAAUAUUUUACAGGUACGCAAGACUUCAAUUUAACUUUUCAUCUGAAUGAGGUCACGUCGGAAAAUUCAACACUCCGGCCGUACUGUAGUUUAUGUGCUCGAGUCUCAGUUUGCUGCUCUUAAGGUGGAUUGUUGGUUUGACACGUGUCAGGGUUAUCAACUUUCUGACAUCUGCUGCAGCAUAUUACAACAACAAGUUUGGAUUUGAGGCUUUGGCAUACAAGGGACUGGAGACAGGAAGUCGUGAGGUGGUAUCACAUGCCAUAAGACAAGAUAAAAUUAUAUUUGUCUUCCAAUCAUCACUAAACCCUGGUAACAAAGAAAUGACUGAACAUUUGGGCAAACACGGGGAUGGUGUAAAGGACGUUGCAUUCCAAGUGGAAGAUUGUGACUUUCUGGUGAAGAAAGCAAAGGAACAUGGAGCUGUCAUUGUGAAGGAGCCCUGGAUAGAGGAGGAUAACUAUGGCAAGGUGAAAUUCGCCAUUCUGACAACUUUUGGGGAUACAACACACACCCUUGUGGAGUACUUGGGACCAUACCGUGGCCUUUUCCUGCCUGGGUACAAGGAGCCCCUCCACAGAGACCCGCUCCUUCCCACGCUACCCUCGGGACGUCUGAAUUUCAUUGAUCAUGUUGUGGGAAACCAGCCAGAUGAUCAGAUGGUACCUGUGGUAGAUUGGUACCAGAAAUGCCUGAUGUUUCACCGGUACUGGUCAGUGGACGACAAACAGAUCCACACUAAUUACAGCUCCUUGCGCUCCAUUGUCGUCACCAACUAUGAGGAGACCAUCAAAAUUCCCAUCAAUGAGCCAGCUGCUGGAAAGAGAAAAUCCCAGAUCCAGGAGUAUGUGGAUUACUAUGGUGGAGCUGGAGUGCAGCACAUUGCUCUCAACACCUCUGAUAUCAUCCAGUCUAUUGCAAAUUUAAAACACCGUGGGAUGGAGUUCCUGAACACCCCAGAUUCCUAUUAUGAUCAGUUGAAAGAAAAAUUAAAGACUGCGAAAAUCAAGGUGCAAGAGGACCUGAAAAAGCUACAGGAGCUCAAGAUUCUUGUUGAUUAUGAUGAGAAAGGCUACCUGCUGCAGAUCUUCACCAAACCUGUCCAAGACAGGCCCACACUCUUCCUGGAGGUGAUACAGAGACAUAAUCACAAUGGCUUUGGUGCUGGAAACUUCAAAUCAUUAUUUGAAGCUAUUGAAUACGAUCAAGACGCAAGAGGAAAUCUCACUGUUUACACAACCAACAACGUGCAACCAUUUUAUUAAACUAACUGGCCAGCAAAUCACAGCACACACUUAGAGAACUUCUGAACACUUAGUAUUAGGAAUUCUUCACCUUCCUCAGCCUUUACCUCUUCCCAGAGUCUUUACAAACUUAAAUCCAAAGCUGCUGUCACAUAAUCAUGGCUUUUAAUUAGUCUUUCUCAGCCUUGGUGGGUGUCCUGUGCUAUAAGCCUGGACUUGCUGUCAUUUCAAUUCCUAAAUACAUGUACUUCUCCAUACUACUUGUGAUAAAGGUCACAGGUCAUUCAAGCUCAUUGAUUCAAAAAACAUACCACAGCUCUCUCCCAGCUCAAUCACAGUAUUCACUGAGUACCAAUGUGGAUUUGCACCACGUUUACCUGCACACACACAUUCACCCCCAUCUGUGUAUAAAUUUGCACCUAUCACAAUUCAUAAACACCCAUGUGCAACAUGAAUUCACAUUGAAUCUACAGUAGAUGUGUAGCUCAAAUGUACAGUCUAGCACUUUCACAUACAUUCAUUUGCUUGCAUCCCACAAUCAUCAAUACCUUCACACAAGUGAUGUAUGUUCCCUCCCCUGCACAUAGACAUGAACACACACAUACACAAGCUACAUGUGCACAACACGAUAGAGCAAAAACAUUCCCCAUUGGGCAAGUCCUGAAUUUAACCUACGAAAGGAGUGUAUUUAAUAAACACGUCAAACUAC